AUGGACAACCCUGCGGACAUUAUAUCACGCGGGAUGGAACCUAAUCAGCUUAAGGAGUCCACAGUUUGGUGGACAGGACCGCCAUGGUUGAAGCAGCCAUCAUGCUUCUGGCCUCCGCUCCUACAAGCAGAAUUACAGGAGCUUCCAGCUGAAGCAUUAGAAGAACGAUCCGUAUCGUUACCGAUUCGCACCCAGGAACCGAAUCAGUUAUUUCACCUGCGUUCGUCCUUUGCAUCACUAGUUCGUCUAAUUGCCCUGAUCCAACGUUUCGUCUACAAUAUCAAGCCAGAAAACCACUCUCGUCGCAGAUUAGGAUUUCUACAAACCACUGAACUAAAUCAAGCCAUUUCAUCAUUGGUGCGUUUAGCACAAACAGAAGUGUUCCCAAACGAGAUCGCAUCAGUAGCUUCCGAUGGACAAGUGAAGUCGACUUCACCUUUGAAGAAUCUUGCGCCUGUUCUGAAGGACGGCAUUCUACGUGUUGGUGGGCGUCUUAAAAAUGCGUUGAUUUCGGAGGACAGAAAGCAUCCAAUAAUCCUUCCGGCUCGUCACCCGCUGACUGAAGCUAUUAUGGAGCACUAUCAUCGCAAAUAUCUACACGCCGGACCACAAUUGCUUGUGGCAAGUGUCCGGGAGAAGUUCUGGCCGCUACGCAUCCGUAACUUGGCACGGAGUGUGGUUCAUUCAUGCGUCAAUUGUUUUCGAUGUAAGCCUACUGUUCUGGAGCAACUCAUGGGAGAUUUGCCCCCAGAAAGGGUAACGCCUUCUUUGCCUUUCCUCAACACCGGCGUUGAUCUAUGUGGACCAUUCUAUUAUCGGAAGAAUCGCAAAGCAGUUUCUACUAAGUGCUAUAUCGCCAUCUUCAUCUGCCUUGUCACCAAGGCCAUCCAUGUAGAAUUGGUCAAUGACCUCUCAACGGCCGUUUUUCUCGCGGAAAUACAUCGAUUCAUCGGUCGCAGAUGA